AUGUUGAAAAACGACGCAGCUUCUAAAAUUGCUAAGAGAGCCAAGAAAGCCACAGGAGAAGAAGCAAACAAGGAAUCAAACAAAAAGGUCAUCAAGAAAAUGCCAACGAAUGCAGAGGAGAUAGCCUUGAAGAAAAAAAAACAAAAAGCACGCAAACAACGUAGCCGCUCUAUAACAAAGUCUCAGAUGAUGAAGAAGAGCGCAAAGACUGCACAUGCGAAAGCCAUCAAGUACAUCAAUGAGCUGGAGAAACGGAAUAGGCAAGCUGUAACCCAGCCUAAUGCUUCGCUGAACGACAACACUAGACAACUUGUCCAUGCAAACGGAGCAUUUCAUUUUGACAAUGACAGCAUCGACCGUGGCUUCGACUACAUAGAGCCUUCUAACCAGCGUUAUGGUUUCACAACCAUUUUCAGACAAAAAAAAACAAAGGAGAAUGAGAAAAGACUUUUGAGCUCAAGAAAGUGUCUCGCUCAAGAAGUGGUAUCUUGA